AUGCCUCUCUCCAAUAAAAUACUUGUAACCAUGCUUUGCAUACUCCUCCCCACCUCCCUUUCCUUGAACCACACUCCAGAGAACAGAGAAUACAAGGAGAAGGCUAGGGAGAUGUUCCAGCACGCGUACUACGGCUACAUGGAGCACGCUUACCCUGAAGACGAGCUGAAACCGCUGAGUUGUAGAGGUCACUCCACGUGGGGUAACGUCUCCCUGACUCUCAUAGACUCGCUGGAUAGCUUAGUGGUCCUGGGUAUGCACAAGGAGUAUAGAGAGGGGGUUAACAAGAUCAUCCACAACACUAACUUCUCCAUUAAUAAGAAUGUAAGCGUGUUCGAGACUAACAUCAGAGUAGUGGGGGGACUGUUAUCUGCUCAUCUGCUGAUGGAGAGAGGAGGGAUGGAGCUGCCUGAGGGCUGGCCCUGUGCUGGUCCCUUAUUAGAUCUAGCUGUCGACAUUGCCAGCAGACUCCUCCCCGCCUUUAACACUCCCACAGGUCUGCCGUACGGGACUACUAACCUAAUGUAUGGAGUACCUAAGGGAGAGACCACGGUAACAGGGACAGCAGGGUGUGGCACCUAUCUUAUGGAGUUUGGCAUGUUGUCCCGCUUAACAGGCGACCCAGCGUUCGAACAUGCAGCGCGUCGUGCGCUCAAUGUGCUCUUCAACGCAAGGUCUAAAAUAAAUCUUGUCGGUAAUCACAUAGACAUUUCCAGAGGGGAAUGGAUAUUCAGAGAAGCAGGGAUCGGUGGUAACGUGGACUCCUACUACGAGUACCUCCUCAAAGGUGGACUUUUCUUUGAAGAUUUUGAACUCCUCAGUCAGUUCAAAGUAUUGUACAACGCAGUGCUGAAGAAUUUACAGCAUGAUUUCUGGUAUAUCUGGGGUAGCAUGUUCAACGGUAAUCCCACCCUACCGUCCGUAUCCACACUGGAUGCUUUCUGGCCGAGUCUACAAAUUCUAAUUGGGGAUAUUAAGAGUGCGGCCCGGACCCUCUCUAACUUCUACUCGCUCAUCUCACACUUCGGCUUCACUCCAGAGAUGUUUAGCUUGCUGACCGGAAAGGUAGCACCCGGCAGUGAGAUAUAUCCUCUUCGGCCGGAAUUUGUAGAGAGUUUAGUGUAUAUGUACCAGGCAACUGGGGACCAGAUCUGGAGGAAUAUGGGUAAACAGGUGCUGGACAGUAUAGAGCUGAGCACCAAGACUCCGUGCGGAUAUGCUACUGUCAGCAAUGUAGUGACUCAUCAACUAGAGGAUAAGAUGGAGUCUUUCUUCCUAUCGGAGACCACCAAAUAUCUAUAUCUCCUCUUUUCGGAUGAUCACUGGAUAUUUGAUAAAGGAGUAUCAGGGAAGAUGAGUGUGAUGCCGGAUGAGGAGGGUAACUAUGGUAACUAUGAGGAGGGUACGCACCACUACUAUACAGGCUACAAAGUGUGCGCUCCCAAUAGUUUCGGUUACACCUUUACCACAGAGGCGCAUCCGUUCCCUGCUGGUGUGCUAGGUUGUUGCUAUCCCAGACAGAAAGUCAAGGACAAUCUUCUAGAAAAGAUCUACCAGAACUCCACUGAUGAACCUCUAAAAAGCAGCAUAUUCGGGCUACCAAACAGUAUCUUGAAGUUAAUGUACGGAGAACCUAGAUUGAAACCAGGGGAGGUUUCAUCGCGCGAGUCUUAUGUGUGCAGCCGAGUCCAACGUUUCCUUGUCAAAACAGUAAGGGCUAAAAAAGAGUGUUUGUUGUGGGAUGAACCCUCAAUUUACGGAGAUGUGCGGACACACAACUGUCCUGUACGGCCGUGGUAUGCCAAGUAUGAGAUAUACGGAACUGAGUGGUCAAAAUUGUCCAGUAAAAAAGCAUUUAGGGUAGUAAAUAAAAACAGCAAGAAAUGAUGCUUUGAGUUUUUGAUUAAUUUUAAUUCGAUUUCGAUGACGUUUUAUCAUCAAUCGCUGAAUUUUUAGUUUUUAAACAUCUUCGAAGAUAUACCAAUUAAUUGUCCUUGAAUAUUCUUUUGCUGGUUUAUAAAAUAAAAAAUGCCUCAUGUAUUAUUUGAAAAAACAUUGUUA